CCAGUCCUCGGGAAAGUCUGUCCCAGCACUGUCCUCUUCCAGACUCGGCUCACAAUGUCGGGCAUUGGGGAAAAUUUGAAAGCAGCUGGUGAAUUUGGGCCGUUUCAGAAACGGCUAGUGCUGUUCUCCUUGCCUCCGUGCCUCAGCCUGGCUUUCCACCAGUUCUGCCAGCUUUUUAUGGUUGUGGACGUGCCCCAUUACUGCAACACGGACUGGAUCCGUGCUGUCGGCCCCAACCUGACUGAGGAGGAGCAGCUGAACCUCACCCUGCCCCGGGAUGCGGAUGGGGAGUACGAGCAGUGCUCCAUGUACUCGCCUGUGGACUGGGACCUCGACUCCAUCAUGGCAUAUGGCCUGAAUGCCACGGAGAAGUGCAGCAAUGGCUGGGUGUACCCCACAGCACAGCAGCCAUCCCUGCUCACCGAGUUUGAUCUCGUGUGUGACAGGAAGAACUUGAAUGACAUCUCACAGUCCAUCUAUAUGCUAGGAAUGUUCCUGGGAGCCCUGAUCUUUGGACUCCUCAGUGACAGGUUUGGCCGUCGGCCAGUCCUCUUGAUCUCCAUCCUCCUCGAGGGUUUGUUUGGUUUAGCAAUUGCCCUUGUGCCUCAUUUCUAUGUAUACUUGGCCUUCAGAUGUGUCGUGGGGGCUUCGGUGUCAGGGAUCAUGAUGACUUUGCUGGCCCUAGCUACAGAAUGGGUUGGUGUCUCCUAUCGACCACAGGCAGUUCUUCUUUCCCACUGCUGUUUUGCUGCUGGACAAAUGAUUUUGGCUGGCUUGAGUUAUGGCAUCCCGAACUGGAGGUUGCUGCAAAUUGUAGGAUCUGCUCCUAUAUUUAUCCUUUUCCUCUUCAUCUGGGUGCUACCAGAGUCAGCUCGCUGGCUGGUGACAAGAGGCAAAAUAGAAGAAGCUAAGAAGUACCUUAAGAAGGCAGCAUCCAUCAACAAACGCACCAUCCCUCCAGAACUGCUCGACCAGCUGAAGUGUGAGACCCAGACCAAGUCUGGAAAUAUUCUGGAUCUCCUUCGGAAGAAGCACCUCCUGAAGGUGACUUUAAUCAUGUCGUGUGCCUGGCUAUUGAAGAUGCAAUGUAGAAUGUGCAAAAGAUUUAACAGCCCUGUUUCAGCAGUCCUGUGGUACUGGUCUGGUUUCAUGUCCCUUGAAAAUCCCGGGGCAUGGUUUGUUAACAACCUUGUAUACUAUGGUUUGAGUCUGAACGUGACUAAUUUUGGUCUGGACAUCUACCUGACACAGCUUGCAUUUGGAGCAGUGGAAAUCCCAGCCCGCGCUGGUUGUAUCUUCAUGCUACAGUGGUUUGGGAGGAAGAAAUCCCAGGGUGGUCUCCUUCUGCUGAGUGGCCUUGUGUGUCUGAUACUCACUGUCAUCCCUGAAGGUCAGCCUGUGGUGAUCACCGUCCUGGCCACCAUUGGCAAGUUUACAGCCUCGGCCUCAUUUUCAUCAGCCUACAUCUAUACUGCAGAGCUCUUCCCCACCAUCAUCAGGCAGAGCGGCGUGAGUCUGUGCUCAAUGGUGGCACGGGUAGCAGGGAUCAUCGCCCCGCUGAUCCUCCUCCUGGAGCAGUACCACCGGGUCAUCCCCAUGGCCAUCUACGGUGGUACCACCGUGCUGGGGGGGCUGCUCUGCUUCCUGCUGCCUGAGACCCGCGGCGUGGAACUGGCGGAUGGCACAGAGGGAGGCCAGCCCACAGCAGUGGUCCAUGAAAAUGCCAGCAGCAGCUCUGACAAAGGACACGUGAAAGUAAAAGAUGCUGGCCAAGUCAAUGAGAACACAAAGAACACUUACUUAUAGCUGGACCUACAAGCAGCUGUAAUUAAAGGCCACCUGGUGCUCUGACACUGCUGAGAACAGGCAAGGUCUCCAUUUAUGGGACCUCUCCCACUCAAGCAGUGACUGCCAGUUCUUGUCAUUCUUUGUCUUUUUUGCCUUCCUGUAUCUCCCUCUAUUGCUUCUCUCCGGGCACUGCAUGCUGUCUCAUGUUCAACAGUGCUCUUGCUGGAGAAAAUGCUUUUAGUUUAAGGAAAAAAGAAA